UCUCGCGAGAAAACUUUUAGGAACUGGAAUUCGCCGGUUCCUUGUCACCUUUGUUGCAUUGUUAUUAGCUUGGGUUCGAGAAAAAAAAAAAAAGGCAACUAUUUUCAGUUAUUAUAAAUAUUAUUUCUGAUUUACUAUGCGUAGCAAGAAAGGAGCUAAGAGCAAAAUGGCCAAUUCUGAGGAAGUUCUUACUGAAAAUAACUCCGAUGAAGUGCAAGUAAAAGGAAAAUUAGAUGAAAAGUCUGAAAGUUCGAAAAAGCGUAACGUUAAAGACGCCGAAUCGGGAUCCGAUGUUGAUGAUGUGAAGCAUGAAGGAAGUGAUGAAGAGGAAAAGAAUUCAUCCGAUGAAGAUGUGAAAAUUGAUGAGAAAAAAGGCAAAAAACCUGCUAACAAAAAAGAAAAAGGGGAAAAGAAAGCUGCUGCUGAAAAUUCUGCCUCAGACGCCGAGUCCAAAGAUGGUGACAUCAAAUCAGAAGAUGACGCCGAAGAGGAGAAACCACCUAAAAAGAAUGAUAAAAAGGCAACUAAGGGCAAAGGAAAGGAAAAAGCAUCAACUCCAGCCAGACGGGGUGGUAGGGCUAAAGGUACUCCUAAGUAUAGAGAAGAUUCAGGGUCAGAUGAUGAUGUUAAAGAAGUUGAUGCUGAUUCUGAAGAGGAAAAGCCAGCAAAGAAAAGAGGUAGAAAAGCACCACCUAAACCAAAAGCUACACCUUCAAGAAGAGGAGGAAGACAAAAACAAUCUGCCAAAUAUGCAGAAGAUUCUGGAUCAGAUGAGAAAGAUGGGGAUGCUGGUUCAGAUUCUGAGGAGGAACCUUCUAAGAAAAAAGGCAAAAAAUCUGCACCUGCCAAGGAAAAAGCAACUCCUGUUAGACGUGGUGGUCGCGCUAAACCUCCUGCUAAAUACACUGAAGAUUCCGAAUCAGAAGAACCCGCUGUAACAUCAGAUGUGGAGGAAGAGGAUUAUGAACCAGAAAAGAAGGUUGCUAAGAAGAAAGGUGCUGCUGCCAAGAAUGGAGUUGUGAAUAAAGCAAAAUCUACUCCUGCUAAGCGUGGAAGAAAGCCUAAAAGCCCUGCCAAGAAAGCAGAAAGUUCUGCAUCCGAAGACAAAGAAGAUGAAGAGGAGGAGGAAGAAGAAGAGGCACCACGAAAAAAGCAGAAAGUUGGAUCAAAAGAUGAUGACAAACAGGAUGAUUCUGCAAAGGUUGAUAAAGAAGCUAAAGUUGUCUUGGAGCACUGUACAUCGUGACAAGUUUUCCGUAGAAAAGCCGUUGCUCUGAAGGAAGACAUAGAGCAGGCUUUCAAACUGGUGAAUGUCUCUGUGAAUCCUAAAAAGAACCCUCGAGGUAGUUUUGAAUGCAUUUUGGUUAAUGAAGAUGGAAGUUCCCUUGUUUUAUGGAGUGGUCUGAAGAAAGGACCACCUCGCAAACUCAAGUUCCCAGAGCACGAGCAUAUCAUCAAGAUGUUAAAAGAAAAACUUUAACUCAUUUUCAUUCAUCAAUUAGUUUAGCAUGCACUUUUUUUAAUCAUACAAUAUCAUAAGAUGAAAGAAUGUUUUACUGGCAACGAUUAAAUUUUGUGUACUCAAUGAAAAAUUCUUGAUUUAAAAUUAAUAUUUUAAAGUUUUGUACUUAAAAGUUUUUUUUUUUUUGUCAUCCAUUGCUAUUUCAAAAUUUUGAGAAUCAAGUUUUAAAAAUUACUUAUUAUACAUUUUCAUUUAGUUUAAAUUUUUAUGUAAUUUACUACAUUAUGUUUGCAUGCCAUUGUUUCAUUUGUGUAAUUUUUUGUUUAAUUGCAUCUUUUUUUAUUCUUGUGUUGUAAUUUUUUUUCCUUUGACAUAUAAAUUCUGAUUCAUUUGCAUAAUUUAGUAUGAUUUAUAUUUAUCCA